AUGAUCCGGCGCCACAAGACCACCAUCUUCAUGGACGCCAAGGAGUCGAGCACCGUGUUCGAGCUGAAGCGCAUUGUCCAGGGCAUGCUCAAGCGGCUGCUGGUGGAGCAGCGGCUAUACAAGGACGACCAGCUUCUGGACGACAGAAAGACACUGGGCGAGUGUGGUUUCACCAGCCAGACAGCAUGGCCUCAGGCCCCAGCCACUGUGGAGCUAGCCUUCAGGGCAGAUGAAGCCUUUGAGGCCCUGCACAUCCAGCCCUUCUCCAGCCCACCCGAGCUGCUGGAGGUGAUGAAGCCACAGGACUGA